GUGCGUCUCCCUCCCAGCCCUUCUCGAAAACGGACAUUCUUCUUUGUUCUGCAUUCACUCCAACAGCCUACUGAGCUCAGCUUACGCGGCCGCAACCAUGAAAGACCCGGUCUUGCCACCGUUUGCACUUCUGAUGUGCAUACUCGUCUGGCUUCCCUUUCGUUUCCACUGGCGUCUGCGCAACUAUUCAGUCAUGAUCAUGAUCCUCUGGCUCUCGAUUGGCAGCUUUUUACUUGGCCUCAACGCACUCAUAUGGUGGUCAGACACGACGCCGCGGGGUGAUCCAUGGUGUGACAUUAGCACCCGUCUAAUGCUCAUGUCUCAAAUAGGUGCGGCAGGUUGCAACUUUCUCCUGAGUCGCAAAUUAGCAGGCAUCAGCUCUAUAUCCCGUGCGACGCGAAUGGAAAGUGACAGAAGACGAGAAGCGGCUCUAGACAUUGGGCUCGGCUUUGGAAUACCGAUUGUCCAUAUUCUUUUGGCGAUUUUGUACCAAGGACACAGAUAUGAUCUUUAUGAAGGCUCUGGGUGCGAGGGUACGACGUAUCAAUCGUGGCCAUACAUCCUUUUUGGCUUGCUACCACCGCUACUUCUGAGCCUUGCCACGCUCGUGUUCAGUCUAAUUGCAAUGUCACGCUUCAUCUCCCGACGAGCUCAGUUCAAGGCGGUGCUCCAUUCUUCCAACUCGGCAUUUGACCGUGGGCGCUUUUUACGACUCUUGGCUUUGACAUCAGUUGAGGCUAUCUGGGGGUUUCCGGUGACCUUAACACUGGCUGUUAUCUCAAUCGUGGGAAUGCACGAGAGUGGAGCAGAUUUGUUGGAGCCCUAUUCUUGGAGUAGGGUGCACCAUAACUUCUACAAAGUUGGCAGAUACCCAUCCCAAAUUUGGGACCCAUUCCCCAAGCAGUACGCCACGUGGGAACUUGGACAUUGGGUAAUCCCGGUUUCCGGGCUCAUCUUCUUCGCACUAUUUGGGUUCACAAAAGAAUGUCGCGCAGCAUAUUUCCCUCGAUCACUUUUCACAAGGGGCCACUCGGCAAACAUAUCACUCUCCACCCAGCUCGGCGGAAUUUCGCCAAGGGCAUUUGACAGCUUCUCACAUGGCAAAGGAGUCGAUGUUCUGCAUGGCCUGCACAUCACCGGAAAGUCCAUCGACGAUUCGCGCACAGAAGAGUCACUGCAGAUUCACAUUCACUAGCUUGUCUGUACAGCGAAAUAGAUCCAUUCUUGAGGCUUCUGGCUCUUUUGCUG